GCCGUAUUUGCCUCAAAGCAAUUUGGCUGGAGGUGUCGUCUCAUCGCGUGUCCCAGCUACGGAUCGCAUCGGUUCAACAUGGUGACAACGUCAAGUGCGAUCCAGAGCGUCGUGGAGGCAUAUGUCUCCAGCGUCGCACCAAGCAUGUCGGCCUUUGGCUUCUUGACCCUGGUGCCGUUGAGCUCGCAGGAAAAGCCAGCCAAUGUGCUGGCAACUGGGGAAGGUUGUGGAGAGGUGAGUUCGGAAAGCAUCACUCGGAUAGUGGAACAGCAUGAGGUCGUGUUCAUCGUGUCUGUCUACAGGACGACGAGGGAGAACAGAUGCGCGUUAUGUCUCUUGGACUAUCUGAGGACGGCGCACCCCGACGCGCUCGUCUUCUUGCUGCAGCUUCCAGACCAAGGACUACGUCAGUACACUGAUGGCGCGACAGGACGAGAUCUGCAGCUUUGGGGCGAAGGGCGUGCUGAUGGAGCUGGAAAUUGACCCUGAGGGGCUGCAAGAUAGGUUAAUUUUGGAGCUCGUACGGAUUGACGGCACCGAGCAGCGAGUGCGGGCAUAUGAGAACGAUUCGUACGGUUGGGAACCCCUGACACCAAGCGCGUGCCAGAUCAUCGAGGACGAGUUCCGCGACAUCCUUUGGAAGACCAUCCCGAAUUUGCUGAUGCCCGGUUUCCCGCGUCUGAACAAGCGUUUGCUGGAAUCUGGGAAUCGGGUCGGGGAUUUCCAGUUAGUGCGCUCGUAUUUGAAUCACCAGCACGUGAUGUUGGCGGUGAACGGGCAGCAUGAACACGUAGUGAUAAAGGUGCACAACAAGCGUAGCGUCACCGAUGCCAAUGAGGUUCAGAACAUAUACAAAGAGUUCUGUUUCUUGACUCACACCCUUGACCACCCACACAUCAUACGUUGCGUAAGCAUGUUGCACGGCAAGUGUAAUGUAUAUGCGGUUCUCCAGUAUGCUGGCGACGUUUGCAUGGAACAAGUGUUGUCGACUCAACCAGGCCACCGCUUGUCCAGGGACGACGCCUUGAACUGCAGUGCCCAGGUCGCGAGUGCUCUUGGCUACUGCCACGCCCAGGACGUCGUCCAUGGGCAAUUGUCUUUGAGGCACGUGGCAGUAGAGAUAGCAUGUAAUCGGCACAUUUGCCGCCUUGUUGACUUCAGCAUGGCAGCCCACGUUCCAAAUUCCAGCACAAGGGAGACCCUGUGCGGAUCUCUGCCGUGCGUCGCUCCAGAGACCGCGCUGGAGGAGCCGUACUUGCCCAAGCCAGCAGAUUGUUGGAGUCUUGGGGUGCUGUUCCUGGAGACCUCUUGCGGGCAUGGUUCGCUGGAGUUGUCGGUCCGGUGGCGCCGUGGAGAGACCAUCGCAUAUGCCGCACGGCGGAUACUCGAAUUCUUCUCCAAGGCUGGUUGCCACCAGGAGGCGAUGACGAGUAUGGGUAACGUGCACGACGACAUAGCACUGGCAUGCUUGGUGUCGGUGUUGAAACCCGAGCCCGUUCGCAGAGCGAAGGCGUCCCACAUGGUAGGAUUGUUUUCUGCCGGAGAUACAAGGUGAAAUCGCACAGAGAAAGCCGAGUUUGAUUUGAUUUGAAGUCAGUUGCUUCUGCACUUUUGACGCGCGUGCAGGACUGAAUGCAGCCCACAGCUUCACACCUGUGGCGAUUGCUACUGGAAGCGCCAGGUUUUCUGCCACAGUCGGUGUCCACGGCCACGCUUCCACUCGGGAGAGAGUCGGAAGAAUUAUUUUUGAUUUGAUUUGAAGUCAGUUGCUUUUGCACUUUUGACGCGCGUGCAGGACUGAAUGCAGCCCACAGCUUCACACCUGUGGCGAUUGCUACUGGAAGCGCCAGGUUUUCUGCCACAGUCGGUGUCCACGGCCACGCUUCCACUCGGGAGAGAGUCGGAAGAAUUAUUUGUGAGGGUGCGUGCCCUCAGUUCCCUUUCCCCCUCUCACCUCCCCCUCCUCCCCCUCCUCCCCCUCCUCCUCCCCCUCCUCCCCCUCCUCCCCUUCUCCUCCCCCUCCCCCUCCUCCUCCCCCUCCUCCUUUGGCGUCCGAGAGCGGGGGUCGCUAGCCGAGCUAGGGCAAACUUUUUCCUUUUAAAGCCCUCGCGAUGGCUUAGCGCAGGCGCCCGAACUCCACGACCCGAUCCCGAUCUGAACCUUCCUUUGGCGCUGGUCAGCCCCCUCUUGUGCCCCCCAGCCUAUGGGGGCUGCGGGGCCGAACCAGCGCCGUGGAGCCCCCCUGCCAUCAGAUGGAAAGCUGGGCAGACCUCUCCCCGGCGGAGGUGGGGGUACUUCCUCACGGGCGUAGGCCUUCAAGGAGUGGUGCCCCGUCGGUGCGGCCGAUGGUCGGCUCUUCACCACGCGGAGAGAGUUACGCGGCGGG